UUUGUAAUUGCACGCAGAUUCAAAAGUAGGAAGUGAAAACCAGGUGUUUUUGGUUAUUUCUUCAUAAUAUAUUAGGAAGAAAACGUCUCACUUAAUUUUUGUCAUUCAGAGCUGAAAGCUUAGGUAUUUUUGAGUUUUACAAUCGAAUCAGAUUACUGGAAUAUUGACCGUUUUGAACUAUUUCUGGAGAUCUGAAACUUUCAACGUUCCGUCGAAGCAAGCGUUUUAUUAUUCAUUACAAAUGGAUCCAACCGCUUUUGCAACGGUAAAAUACGAAGUUCGCCGCCUUCCUUGCACCGAUGAUAAGGUACAAGCCAUCGUGUAUGCUCAAGGGAACUUUUAUGCCGAGCAAGUUGCCGAGUUGCUGUACGAAAGCAGUUUUGACGAAGACAAGAUGAAGCUCUUGCAAUCAGCAUGUCCCAAAAUGCUGCCAGCAAGCUGUGUUGGUAUUCUACCCAUACUGAGGUCAUUUAGGUUGGAUAACAAAAGAGUACACGCGGUMGAAUUGCUGUCAAGGCAAGUAACAGAUCCCUUAAACUUCCCUAUACUGAAUGAGGUAUUUCCAUAUGCAAAGGAAAGAGAUACUAUCCGAGGUAUCAUGACAAGGCAAGCGAGCUGUGCUCCCCCACCACCACCCCCUACAGUUGUACAUAGUGUCGGUAACCCCUACCCGUAUGGAAGACCUACACCAAGAGUGGACCCCAAUGAUCCUGUCUAUYGAAUGGCCGAAAAGACAGUGGAUGUUGUUGCAGGUGGCAUUGCAUCUAUGAUUGCACCUCGAAGUCGACCUGGUGUAGUUGUCGGCAGGCCAGCUGCUGUUGUUUAUCAGACAACUGUUGCAAGUGGCCCAUGUGUUGCUGCUGCCUCCCCAGGAAUACAGGUGAUUCAAACAGGACCAGGCUUCCAGCCAGUACCAGGUGUACAGUAUGUCCAUACUACACAACCACCACCACCAUAUCCUCAGCAGCAAUAUUAUCAGCGCAAGUAGAUAUGUAACAGGUGCUCCUAUAUCAGGACUUAAGAAUAGUAAAGACAUAUAUAAAUAGUUUUGCAUGAGGGUAAUAGAUUUAAGAACAAGUAACUCAUUGUUUUACAAAGGAUCACUUAGGAAGCUUCAAUAAUACAGGAACCACAGAGCCAUUUAGUCUUAGGUAGGAAUUGGAGGGCCUAAUCUAUGGGGUUCAAAGGAUGCCCCCCCCCCUGAAAAUUUUGAAAUUGAGGCUCUCAGAAAUGCUCUUGAAGUGUUGCUGUUUUGAGGGGCAAUUACAACAUAUUUAUUUCAACAGCUCAGAAAAGAACAUUUAUUUUUGGCUAAAAAUAUAAGGGGGCUAUAUAAGCCCUUGUAGCUCUGUGUUCCCUGUGAUAUUGAGUUCAUGAAGCUACUUUAUUAGUCAUUUUACUCAUAAUGUCACAUUUUAUGCUAUACCAAAUGUGAUAUCAAUGUUGUAUAAAGCUUUGAGAAACUUCCAGGUCAUACUAUUCCAUUUGAUAAUUUUUUUUUUUUCAAAUAGUGCAUGAAGGUUCAUAUUAACCCUUUCAAAAUAACUACUAUAGUAACCUGUA